AUUGAAUGUUUGCCCUAUAUGUAUAUAAUGUGAUCCGCCCUCAAUCCCCGUCGGGGUGAGAAGGGCGGAAUAUACGGACAAAGCAUGAGGAAGAACGUAUCUGAUUUUAUGUUUGAAAUUUAUAUUUUGUAAUUUAUAAUGUAUUUUAAUAGUUUUAACUGUUUUAUGCACUGUUUUAUAUUGAUUUGUAUGGGCAUCGAAUUGUUGCCAUUAUUGUAAGCUGCCCUGAGUCCCUUCGGGUGAGAAGGGCGGGAUAUAAAUGUGAGAAAUAAAUAAAUAAAAUAAUAAAUAAAUACUGUAAAUAAAUAAAUAAACUUUCACACUUGCCUCAGGCAGACAAGAAUUCUUUCUCCCACUCUGGACAUUCCACAAAUAUAUAAAACCCAAUUACCUGGUUUCCAACACGCCUCACAACCUCUGAGGAUGCCUGCCAUAGAUGUGGGCGAAACGUCAGGAGAGAAUGCUUCUGGAACAUGGCCAUACAGCCCGGAAAACUCACAGCAACCCAGUCAUUCUGGCCAUGAAAGCCUUUGAUGUUUUCACAUGUGGUUCUGAUUUCUUUUUUCCUUGCAGGCUUCCUCACCAACGCUUCCGACCCACCAUGGCGAAGGACGAUGGGUGCUGCAACCUGUGUGCCACCUGCUUGCUGUGUUUCUACAGCUGUCGCUGGAGGCGCAGCGGGAAGGGCCUGGCCACCAGCAAAUGCGACUGUUUAUGGUCCUUCUUCGUCUUCUCAGUCUGCCUUUUCACCUUGGCCUGGCUGUGGCUCGCCCUUGUCACCCUCAACGAUUUCCAGAACCUCAACGAGUUCCUUUUCCGCAAGACCGAAUGGUGGCUGGACUGGUCCGUGGUGAUGAUCGCCGGAACGGCGACGUUGGUGACCUACUCAUCUCUGCUUCUGCUUCUUGCCAUCUGCCUCCAGCUCUGCCACCAACCUUUGAAGCUCCACUGGAUCCAUAAGGUCCUGCUGAUCCUCACCGUUCUUGUGCUGGCCGCUGCUUUUGUGGGUCUAGAGGUCCAGUGGUCAGAGCAAUGGGAAAGCGCCCACAUCUCCCUGCAGGCUUUGGGUCCCUUCUUGCACAUCGGAGCUGUGUUUGGCAUGACGCUUUUGGCCUGGCCGGUCGCCAGCUGCUUUUACAGGACAUCCUCCAAAGCACUCAAGAGCCUUCUCCUUCUGCUGUACCUGGCUGCCCUGCUGGCUCUGUAUCUGGCUCCGCUGGGCAUCGACUCCCCUUGCCUCAUGGAGCACCGCCAGCUGCCUCCCAAACCGGCUCUCUUUGGGCACCGAGGGGCCCCCAUGCUGGCCCCCGAAAACACUAUGAUGUCGUUCCAGAAGGCCCUCCAUUAUGGCGUGAGUGUCUGGGAGACGGACCUCCUGGUCAGCGCCGAUGGCGUUCCCUUCAUCAUGCAUGAUGAGAAACUCACCCGGACCACCAACGUCCAGGCCAUCUUCCCCGAUCGGGCGCAUGCCAAUGCCACUUCCUUCCAGUGGAAUGAGCUGCAGCAGCUGGACGCUGGCACCUGGUUCAUGCAGAAACCCCCCUUCCUCAUGACCCGUAGCUUCUCAAGCGAGGAUCGGUACAUGGCUGGUGCCCAGCGUAUCAUAUCCCUGAAGUACCUGCUGCGUGAGGCCAAGAAGCACAACAUGUCCAUCAUGUUCGACCUGCGGCCGGAGGAGGACCCCAACUAUGAACAUCUUGUCAACGUCACUGUGGAGACCAUCCUGCAGUCGGGCAUCGCCCCAGAGCAGAUCCUGUGGCUGCCGGAUGGUUUUCGAGAUCAAGUGAAGCAGCGAGUGCCACGCUUCCGGCAGAUCUAUAAGCGGAAGAGGCUCAACAAUGAGACAGAGGAGCAGCUUCGGGUCAACCUGCCCUACCAGAACCUGAGCAGUGCAGAAAUCCAGGAGUAUCGUCGUGACAACAUCUCCGUCAACCUCUAUGUGGUGAACGCACCCUGGCUCUUCUCCGUCUUGUGGUGCGCAGGCGUCUCCUCCGUCACCACCAAUGCCUGCCAGGAGCUGCAAGGGAUGGCGCGGCCACUCUGGCUGCUGCCUCGCGCCACGUACCAAAUGAUCUGGAUCGUGACAGAUUGCGUUUCCUUCUUGCUGGUCGCAUGGGCUUUCCUUCUGCUGAAAAGAUGGUCUCGAAGAAAAGAGCCAGCAGGCUCCGAUUCAGACAUCCUCCUGACCAAAAUCCACAGUCUGUUGUCUGAGUGACGCGGGAUGUCCUUUGUGCGGCUGGCUUUGGGGCAGGGCCCUGUCUCUUCUUCCAAGGAUGCCUUUUGGGGAAAUGGCUCGAGGCUGGGACCCACUGGCAACAGAACCGAGAGAGUUGACUUGCAUUGCCUCAGAGUCGGGAGGAGGAACGGCCUCAGCCCAGGACAGACUGGACUUCCACAGUCAACUGUGUCGGCUGUGUUUAACUCGGCAACUCCUUUUGGACCCAGGAAUCAUGUGAAAGCAUUGCAGCAACUGCCUUGGAGGGGUGACUUGUGGGGAAGGUGGUAGGCGUCUCUACGUGUCUCUGGAGCACUUCUGAAUAAAGCAACCUGUGAGCUGGGAAAGAC